UCUGGCAAAAUGCGUAGAGCUUCGCUAUUGAUGGCGGAGCAUGUGUCUAAGAUCUCUUGCGACGGCUGGCCAAAUCAUCGGUGUUGUAUCGGUGUUGGCCAUAUUUUCGCUCCUACAUUUGCAAUGUGGAGGCGCGUUCUUCGACAUGCAAGAGCCAGAACAUCGCGUGAUCAAGGCAGUGGCAUCAGUCACGGCAUCACCGCCCGUGUUGCGGCAAGAGAAUUCAUCACAUCUAUGCCAUCAUGGAAGUCAGCAAGGCAAAUGCUGGUUUUCGGCGGAGUGUGACGCCUCUCACUUUUGUCAUCCGGAGAAGAAGACGUGCGUUCCCUUCUGCCAAAACAAUAGCGACAGAGCCAUGAGGAAUUGCAGCAGCUGCCUGGAGGGAUGUCGGGACUUGCACUGCGAUGGCUACAUUGAAGAACGGCCUGUGCGCUUGCGAACGUCUCCCAGCUGUGCCAAGCAGGUGCUGUUGAGCAGGUGCCCUGUUUGCGAGGAGUCCUGCGCAGAGCUCAAGGACGCAACUGUACGUUUUCGGCAGGAUGACCCACGGGAGACAGACUAUUGGAUCACCAGCUACCCAAAAACUGGCUCAACUUGGGUGCGACAUCUCAUUACCAAUCUGCACACGGCUGUCACGAGCCAGCUGCGAGAGCCAGCAUCAUUCAAAGCCGUGGAUGACUUUAUUCCGUUCAUCGAAGAUGGCAAGGGCUGGACAAACCGAAGCAUGUUCCGAGACCGCACUGGCCUGCGGAUUUGGAAGAGCCAUGCACCUUUUCAUUGCGACAGUUUUCCCUGCAAGGGCCACACAGUUGAUCGACAAGCCCCAACGCAGUGCAUGUGCCCCAACUGCGCCUCAAAGUUCCGGCGUGUCAUCUAUGUCUAUCGAAAUGGCUACGAUACUCUGGCAUCCUAUUUCCGCUUCCGGAUGGGACUUGGCCACGUGCGAGACAAGCGCCAGUUCAGCAACUUCGUGAACGAUCAAAGGAUGUACCCCGGCGUCUCGUGGGCAGACCACAUCCGAUCUUGGCAGCACGCCAGCACCAGGCCGCUGCAGAUCCUGUGGCUGCGCUACGAGACGCUGCGGGAGAAGCCGGAGCAGGAGCUGCUGCGUUUGGCACGAUUCCUUGAGCUGGAGGCCACAGAUGAACACAUCAGGUUUGCCAUUAAUGCAUCCUCGUCUGAGACGAUGCAACAGAUGGAGCAGAAGGAAGGCGGCUUAAACUUCUUCAAGCUCCGCUACAAUCGCUCAUCCCUGAAGUUUGUUGGCUCAGGUAUGGGAGACAUGGCCACGCCUGCACUUUGGGAUAGCAUCACCGAGGAGAAGCUGGCGAUAUGGAACAUGCACAAUGGUCAGAUGCAGCGCUGCUUGGGUUAUCCUGACGGGCCACGCUAGACGCGCUCGCUGAGCGCUUGACCGCCGGCCAUGGGCAAGAAGUCGGCCGGGGUUGCCCGAGAUGCUGGCGGCGCCCGGCGAGG